AUGAUGGAUUUUGAUGAGCGUGGUCCCUGCUCCUCUAACAUGUAUUUGCCAAGUUGUACUUACUACGUCUCGGGUCCAGAUUUCUCCAGCCUCCCUUCUUUUCUGCCCCAGACCCCGUCUUCGCGCCCAAUGACAUACUCCUACUCUUCCAACCUGCCCCAGGUCCAACCCGUGCGCGAAGUGACCUUCAGAGAGUACGCCAUUGAGCCCGCCACUAAAUGGCACCCCCGCGGCAAUCUGGCCCACUGCUACUCCGCGGAGGAGCUCGUGCACAGAGACUGCCUGCAGGCGCCCAGCGCGGCCGGCGUGCCUGGCGACGUGCUGGCCAAGAGCUCGGCCAACGUCUACCACCACCCCACCCCCGCCGUCUCGUCCAAUUUCUAUAGCACCGUGGGCAGGAACGGCGUCCUGCCACAGGCUUUCGACCAGUUUUUCGAGACGGCCUACGGCACCCCGGAAAACCUCGCCUCCUCCGACUACCCCGGGGACAAGAGCGCCGAGAAGGGGCCCCCGGCGGCCGCGGCGACCUCCGCGGCGGCGGCGGCGGCGGCAGCGGCCACGGGCACGCCGGCAACUUCAAGUUCGGACGGCGGCGGCGGCGGCGGCGGCUGCCGGGAGGCGGCGGCGGCGGAGGAGAAGGAGCGGCGGCGGCGCCCCGAGAGCAGCAGCAGCCCCGAGUCGUCUUCCGGCCACACUGAGGACAAGGCCGGCGGCUCCAGUGGCCAACGCACCCGAAAAAAGCGCUGCCCCUACACCAAGUACCAGAUCCGGGAGCUGGAGCGGGAGUUCUUCUUCAGCGUGUACAUCAACAAAGAGAAGCGCCUGCAGCUGUCUCGCAUGCUCAACCUCACCGACCGUCAAGUCAAAAUCUGGUUUCAGAACAGGAGAAUGAAGGAAAAAAAAAUUAACAGAGACCGUUUACAGUACUACUCGGCCAACCCCCUCCUCUAA